UCUUCGACAUCGAAGCUUAAGUUUUUAUUUUAAUGAACGAUAUGUUUUCACAUUCAUUACAGGUGGUACACAUCAUUAUUCAUAUGACAUUGUGUUAACAGAUACUUUUAAUAGAUUUUAACGUUCUGUAAGGAUAGAAAUGAUCAAUGCUCCGGCUAGGAGGUCAUUGUCUGACAUGGCAUGAACACGAUACCCACAACACAUCGCACAUACUGUAGGCUGCUAACUCUCUGACCGAUCCCAGGAGGGCAAGUAUAUUAAGUUAACAGUCUGACGGACCUAAGACGGACAAAUACUGAAAGUUAUCUACAGUCUGACGGACGUAAGACGGACAGAUACUGAAAGUUAUCAACAGUCUGACGGACAGAUACUGAAAGUUAUCUACAGUCAAAGGGACCUAAGACGGACAAAUACUGAAAGUUAUCAACAGUCUGACGGACUCAAGACGGACAAAUACUGAAAGUUAUCAACAGUCUGACGGACAGAUACUGAAAGUUAUCUACAGUCAAAGGGACCUAAGACGGACAGAUACUGAAAGUUAUCAACAGUCUGACGGACAGAUACUGAAAGUUAUCAACAGUCUGACGGACAGAUACUGAAAGUGAUCUACAGUCAAAGGGACCUAAGACGGACAAAUACUGAAAGUUAUCAACAGUCUGACGGACAGAUACUGAAAGUUAUCAACAGUCUGACGGACAGAUACUGAAAGUCAUCUACAGUCAAAGGGACCUAAGACGGACACAUACUGAAAGUUAUCAACACUCUGAAGGACCCCAGUCAGACAGAUACUUGAAAUUAUCAACAGUCCGAUGGAUACGGAUACUAAGAUUCUGACGACCUAGAACAGCAAAUGUCCGCCUGAUAUGGAAAAUAUACGAUAACAACGGCCAAAAUAUACAUGGAUACGGCAUCAGUAUGUGAACUCUGGUGGAUAGCAGUAUUUUAGUGUGUGGAGUAAAUGAAUUCUAAUGGAUACCUUGAAACGUUUGAUCAGUCUAUGUUUUCUAUUGUCAGGUCUACCCAGUCCCUGUGUGGCGGUAUGUACCGGGGAGACUUACACCUACAACUCGAGUCUGACUAUCUGUUACUGGCUGGUGUUGUCAGAACAAACGGCCCAGCUAUCACAGGAUAUAUGUGUCAGUGAAGGAGGAAAUCUGGCUUACAUACCUGACCAGGGCGCCCUAGACACUGUCAACGGUCUCAAGACAAACGCCGGGCACCAAUUUUCCCCGGAAUUUUACAUAGGAUAUCGUGUUUACGGAACUGUCGUGUAUGUCUGGGACACAAACAUAGAACCGACCUUCACACCGUGGAAAUCAGGCCAACCAUCCACAGUAAGUGCUGAAUGUGUCGUCACGUUCAACCUGGAUGGGACGUGGUGGGACGAAGCCUGUGACACGGCGUACAAGGCAAUGUGUUCUGACUAUAGUCCAAAGCCAGGACCAUCAACAACACCACAACCUACAACAAUCACAACAACAACUACUACCUCAACAACGCUGCAUCCAACAACGACGACGACGAUGACGACGACAACAACAACGCCGCAAUCGACAUCGACAACUAUGUCGACAACAACACCCCCAAACUGCGUCCCAUGUGCUUGCUACACCAAUACCACGAACAAUCAAACUGUUGAGGAGUUCCGAGAGGAGGUGAGGAAGAAACUGCUCGUCGAUACGUCGACUUUGUCGUCAUCUAUCAGGAAAAAGACGAGUGCAUCCGAUCCUCGUCCCUCUGCCGCUGCGGUUGGUUACGUGGGGAUCAUCCUCCUGACGAUGGUGUUUGGUGGCAUAAUCCUGAUGGACGCGGGAAACAUUGUACGAUGUGGCAAAGUCCUUGUCAAUCUGACAAAGAAAAUUGUACCAUAAAGUACUGUUAAGUUGUUAAAGAAUUCCCGGACUAAUAUUUUGCGGUUGUCCCAAUUAGACCGAGAGUAUUAUAUUUCGCGCAACUAAGCCUUGUAAAUAUCCAUCAGAAAACACUUUUGUCUGCAUAAUUAAAAAAUGACCGCUGAUAUUACGAAAAUAACUUCCCCGCAAAUAUUACCACCUACACAGUGUAUUGUGGAUUAUACUGAUAAAGAAGUUCAUCUUGAAUACAAAUUCCAUUAACACAAAACUUGACAGCGUUAUAGCCUUAUUGUUAAGGUUGUAAAGAGAUGACAGCAUCUUUGGAAAAGUGUAUCUAUCGAGAACAGAGCUUUGUAGUUUGGUGCCACAAAGUGUCCACAGACGGGACCUCCGUUCUACUACCAUGUACCGAUGGGCACGUGGACAGAUAACAUCCAUUAACUGGAGAUGUUCACACAUACAUGAGUGAUAGAAAUCUUUAGUUAGGUACAGUAACAUUAUAUAGCAAUAUACAAAUUGUACAAAACAUCCGGAAAUAAUCGAACCCGAAGGAUAUGAGAAGCAGAUAAAGAACGCAGUCUUCUGUACCACUGCUGAUGGUAGAGCGUUUAUAUCAAGCACCUGCGCACAUUUUUGGUCUUAGUUACCGAGAGGUUGGAAAAGACAUUGCUGUGUUUUGAAGUAACUAUGAGUUGUAUCUAAACUCUGAUAUUGUACUUUAAAUAACAAGUUGAUUUCUUUAGCCACUGUUUAUUAUAUAUCUGUGUUACAAUACUCACUGCUGAUUCGAUGUAUUACCUUUUUCAUGAUUAAUGUCUAUUAUCAAUACAUAAUUUUGAUUGGAUACAUCUAUUUAAUAUACAUUGCAGUUUAUAAGUGUUUUAUGGCACCGCUCUUUGUGGGUUUUUUUAUUUUUUUAUUUUUUUAUUUUUGUUUUUUUUUUAUAUUUUGGACGAUUUAAUAUCUGGCCAUUUUUGCACAUUUCUGAGCGACACAUCAUUUGUUUGCUACUAUGAUUGUACAAAAGAUUAAAGUAUUCAUUUAG